AUGGCCGAGGCUGGAUCCUCGGCCAAAAGGGGGCCCGAAGUCCGUGCCAAUGGACUCCCAGCCGGCCCAGAGUCAGACACUUUGCAAGCUUGCGUGCGCGAUGACUCAGGAUAUCCAUCUCGUCGCUUUCAAACUCGGCUUCUGCCAGCCCUCGGAACUUUGGUGGAGAGAUCAGCUUCCGUCUCUACGGCUAGCAAAGCUCUGCGGACCGGUCACGCCGUCGCUUUCCCAACAGAGACCGUGUACGGUCUGGGAGCCAGCGCUCUCUCUUCAUCCGCCGUUCUCAAAAUCUUUGCAGCCAAGGGCAGACCGGCCGACAACCCACUCAUCGUUCACAUCAGUGAUCUUCCCAUGCUUUCCAGCAUCGUUGACCCGGACUGGAGACCAUCCGAAGCUUACCAGGCGCUCUUCAAGCUCUGGCCAGCUCCGAUGACGCUGCUUUGUCCCGCUAAGAAAGACUUGCCGAGGGAAGUUACUGCUGGUCAUUCUACUGUGGGGGUGCGGAUACCGCAGCAUGAGCUGGCCAGGGAGUUGAUACGAGCUGCUGGAGUACCUCUAGCUGCGCCCUCCGCCAACGCCUCGGGAAGGCCGAGCCCUACUUUAGCUGCGCACGUCAUCUCGUCAAGAGGAAGGGUGCCAUUCAUCUUGGAUGGAGGUCCUUGCACCUUGGGUCUGGAAUCAACAGUGAUCGAUGGUAUCACAUCCACAUCUGAAUUGCGCAUCCUUCGGCCUGGUGGACUGAGCGCAGAGAGCAUUCAGCAGUGUCUGGGAAGUGCUGAUCUAUCCGACAAGUUGGAGGUCAAAAUCUACGGCCAGCAGUCUACCGGGGCGAAAGCAAUGGAAUUUGAGGAGCAGAUGUUGCUCAACCCUACGACGCCUGGAAUGAAGUAUCGACACUAUUCGCCGGAUGCUAGGGUGGUUCUAAUAAGAGCGACAAAGUCAGCAGGAACGCGAAAUCCUGCUUCAACAUCCUCACAUCUUGGAGCGCUGCUCGAAGCUCAGCUGGAAAGGUCAGGCGCUGCACAGGGUGGGGACGAAGCGCAGGUGGACAUAGGUGUGAUGAGCCUCGACUCGAGCCUGCUCAGCACGUCGAUCGAUGCUUUGUGCGUCGCUUCACGCAGUACGCUCACCGAUUCAUCCUCUGUGCCCGAAGCGCAGCGAAGUCAUCUUCGACGGCCCAUCGCGCUGCGCACGAAAGUAUUCAUUCACCGCUUCUCGCUCGGCAGCAUUCGAGACCCUCACGAAGCCGCGAGCAGGCUGUUCCAAGGGCUCAGGGUGCUGGAUGAGACGGGAUGCGAUGUGAUUCUGGUCGAGAGCGUUACGGAGCAGGGUAUAGGGCUGGCCAUCAUGAAUAGACUCAACAAAGCUGCUGGAGAAGUCGUUGAGAUUGACCUUUGA